AUGACGGUGCACGCGUCGGCGAGGAUGCUGAAGUGCGUGAGGGAGGACAGCCCCUCGCCGGCGUCCGGUAGCAUCCGCGCGCCUCUGCUGCUGCCGCGGCAGCCGGGCCGAGCAGUGGCGGCGCGCCCCCACCGCCCCGGCUGGCCACCCGCGGGCGCCCCGCGCCGCGCUCAGGACAAGCAGGCGCGCUGUGAGCGGGACAGGUCGUGGGGGCCGCUUCGCGCCACGGGCGGCCCGGGCCCCGCCAUCACAUCCCGGGACCCCGCCGUGUCGCCCGGCCCCCCGCCGCACCCACCCGCGGUUUUGCCUGCCAGCCCCAGGCACGCCGCGCGCGGUGCAAGGCCAAGGCGGGGCGCACCCGGGCCGGCCUGCGGCUCCGCCCCACUCUGCUCUCCCGGGGCCGGGGCGCGCGUGCGAACGCGGCCGUGCUCCCCCGUGCGGUGCGACCGGUGA